CUACGAUGUUUCUAAACCGAAGGCGAAUACAUCAUUCGCAUCGACACCGAGCCCGGUGUCUGUAGAGCAAGACCCAUAAUGUGUCUCCAGAUGGCCCGCUCAGAUGACAGCCGACUAUUGUAUUGACCGCCGAAUCUGACGAACGAGCCAACAUGCAAGUAACCAGGGUCUAUUGCUGGAUUUCACCGAGAUGGGCAAUACCGCUUUGAUGAGAACUGCCACGGCCCACAUAGAAAACGCGAGGGGGUGUCAAAGGGAAGGUCUGGCCAAAUUCCUCUUAUCGAGUAGUUUAAAACAAAUAUCACAUGCCUUGACGAGCUCUCGGUUCCCGGGUACGACAAAGUCCAUGCGAUGAGGCACGUCGGUAUAAGAACCAGACAUUAUUGCUACCUGUGGCCCAUUGACCUCGUCCGCCGAUUAAUGUGCGCUGGGAGCCAUGUCCAGCCGUAGACGUGAGGCCGCGGGCCGCACAAUGUGGUUUGAGAGCGAGGAACCAACACCUGUCCAAACACCGGAGGUGCGCACAAACGUCGAUCCCGACACGGCAUUGGUCGAGCCCACCAACAACUUCGGAUCGAAGGCGUCCUCGUGCGAGCCCACAUACACCCCUCGUGGAAUUCCGACGAGAAGCCCAUGGCAGACAUACGAACCUUGUGCUCUCAUCAUCUGGGAACGCAUGGUUCUGGCCCGGCAUCGACAACGUAAAGCAGAAUUUGUUCAUAUUCAGGAUGGUGGCACGGAACGACCAAUCGUAAGUUCUUGGGUCCAAACACUAGAUCAAAACGCCCACCGCAGCUUCCGCCGGCUUGUGGAUGUCAUGCAGCAUCACCAGCGUUACUUUUUGAUAUGGGAGCCAAUCGAAUUUUCCGUCAGUGAGGUUCUGGCAUCAACGUGCGAGAUCUCGGAGAGUGAGAUAGUGCAGAUUAUCAGGCCCGUCCUGGAGGGUAUUGCGUUCCUUCACAACCAGGGCAGGGUCCUGCAGAGCCUGACACCUCGAGACAUACUCAUAACUGCAAGCGGCGAAGUCAAGGUCGCCGGCGUGGAGCACAGCCGCGAGUGCGACACUUCCCCAUCUGAUGCAGCAGCCUCGCAACUGGCUCCACUCGUGACGAUUGCCACGGAAUUGAUGAAGAAGAAUAGGGCCGCUUUCCCCUGGAGUUCGCAUGCACAGAAUUUCUCGACAAUGGCGAUUGACAACCCGUUCGUGAAUCCUGUGGACGCACUGUUAAGUGUAGGUUGCCCCAUUCUUUUCUUCGGCCUUCAACGGGCGAAGAAGGGCUUCAGGUUCUCAUCAGUGUAG